UCCACGUAAACAUGGCUGAUGAUAGCAACAUUGAAAUGGAAGAUGAGAAUAUUUUGUAUGAUUUACUUAUAAAUACGGAAUGGCCACCCGAGACCGACACUCAGUUGCGAGGCAACAAGGAGCACAGUUCAUCUGUUAUUGCCAAGGCUGUGACAGGGCCUUUUAGGUUCAUCCUGCACUACCUGUGGUACAGUCCCUCUAGCUCCUCUCUACCUCCUGGCCUGGUCCGACUGGCCAACAAGCAGAUCAACUGGCAACUGGUGCUAGCAAGUAAUGGGAAGCUACUGGCUGUGGUUCAGGACCAGUGUGUGGAGAUCAGGUCUGCGAGGGAUGACUUUGGCUCUGUCAUUGGGAAGUGUCAGGGUAAGUACCUUCUAAAUCAAAGAGGAAUACGUGAAGCUAUGAAACACUUAUCAACACUUUG